UCUACACCUCGUCCUUUUGUUUGUCAAACCAUCCGGGGUCGAAAUCCAAGAUGAGUUUUAUAUUGAAAGCUGUGUUUCUCUUUCUCUCACUGUUUCUGUUUUCAUUACACAAAACAAAGGCUGAGCAUUACAAGAAUGCUAGCAGUUCCAUAGCCAGGAAGCUUGCAAGUGGGUGCAAUUAUUUCCAAGGCAAAUGGGUAUACGAUUCUUCAUAUCCUCUAUACGACUUCUCAACCUGUCCCUUCAUAGAUCCAGAAUUCAACUGCCAAAAGUACCGAAGGCCUGACAAACUCUACCAAAAUUACAGGUGGCAGCCCUUCUCAUGUAACCUACCAAGGUUUAAUGGGUUGUAUUUUUUGGAGAAAUGGAGGGGGAAGAAGAUCAUGUUUGUGGGUGACUCACUGAGUUUGAACAUGUGGGAGUCUUUGAGUUGUAUGAUUCAUGCAUCGGUGCCAAAGGCUAAAUACACAAUCAUCAGGAGAGGUUCACUUGGUUCGGUUACAUUUCAGGAUUAUGGAGUGAAGUUAUUACUAUAUCGCACACCAUACCUAGUGGAUAUAGUAAAUGAAAAGGCGGGUCGGGUUUUGAAGCUGGACUCAAUCCAAAAUGGAAAUGCGUGGCGAGGCAUGGACAUGCUCAUAUUUAACUCAUGGCAUUGGUGGACCCAUACCGGAAGAACCCAACCAUGGGAUUAUAUGCAAGAGGGAAAUAAAUGGUACAAAGAUAUGAACCGUUUAGUUGCAUACUAUAAAGGGAUGACCACAUGGGCUAGAUGGGUGAACCUAAAUGUUAACCCUUCAAAAACCAAAGUUUUCUUUCAGGGGAUCUCCCCCACCCAUUAUGAAGGCAAGGACUGGAAUGAACCAUCAAAGACAUGCUAUGGUGAGACACAACCAUUUUUCGGUACGAGGUACCCAGCAGGUACACCUCUAUCUGCAGUGGUUAUGAGCAAAGUGUUGAGCAGAAUCAAGAAACCUGUUUAUUUGCUCGACGUUACCACCCUCUCACAAUAUCGCAAGGAUGCUCAUCCAACAGUUUACAGUGGCGAUCACACUGGCACAGAUUGUAGUCAUUGGUGUCUUCCGGGUUUGCCUGAUACUUGGAAUCAGCUUCUCUAUGCAGCUCUCAUUUAGUUCAAUACAAAAGUGUUCCUAGUCAAUUUUAGCUCCAUUUUUUUAAAACAAGAAAUACUAUCAUUAUUGUUUCCAUGAUUGAAAUUUGCCCGAAUUAAUUUCCUAGUUAAGCGGGCAAUAAAAUGUGUAAUGUGUAAUGUGUAAUGCUUUAAUUGUAAAGUAGUCUUUGGGUGAGCACUUUGUAAGAUGUCA